AUGACCAAACUAACUAAUUUACAACUUGAUGGCAAUAUGUUCACAGAGUCCAUUUUCUUCAAUGCCUCCACUAGUGUUCCAUCUUUACAAGUACUAGACUUAAGUAGGAAUCAGUUGUCAGGUUAUUUUUCAAAUUGGCUGCCCAUACUCCCUAACUCGGGUUCUCUUCUGUUGAGAGGAAAUGAUCUUAUAGGUCCCAUUCCAGUGUCACUGUGCCAAAUGCAACAAUUACAUACCUUGGAUCUUUCACAUAACCAUCUCUCUGGGAGCAUACCUUCUUGUCUCCACAAUAUUACCUCAUGGAAGACAGUGGUUCCAUUUUAUGUAGGGUCAGAUGGUGAGUAUGGAAAAGUUAUAUCUGGCGAUUACAAAAUUACUUUUUUCACAAAGCACAACACAUACGUCUACCAAGGUGAACCUCGCAUCUACAUGACUGGAAUGGACCUGUCAGUAAACAGACUAUCGGGCAGUAUUCCAACUGAAAUAGGAGAUUUGAUAGCACUUCACUCAUUAAAUCUGUCCAAUAAUCUUCUAACAGGCCAUAUUCCCACUUCCUUUCAAAAGCUUCAACAGUUGGAGAGCUUGGAUCUUUCUCAUAACAGCUUAGUAGGAAAUAUCCCUCCUCAAAUAAUUCAACUCCAUUCCUUAUCUACCUUCAGUGUUGCCUUCAAUCAUCUGUCAGGCAAGAUCCCAUAUACAGAUAACUUUCAAACUUUCACUGAAAGUAGUUAUAUUGGAAACUCAGAGCUUUGUGGGCCACCAUUGCUAGUCAAUUGUUCAUUGCCAUCCAUCCUUUCACCACAAGACAACAAUAGCAAUAUUGGAGAAAGAGAAUCAAGAUUUAUGGAUGGAGACCUGUUUUUCUUCUCCUGUGUGGCUAUUUUUUAUGCAGUUGGCUUUUGGGCUAUCAUUCUUCCUCUUCUUAUCAGCAGGAGCUGGCGCAGAAAGUAUUACGGAGUUGUUGAUUCAUGCAUUAAUUGGUACAAUGAAAGGUUCUACAGGUUCUUGUUUUAUAUAAAAGCUUAUUUUGAGGGACCAUGA